AUGUUUACCGUUACCUUAUUUACCAUUAUACUUUCUGUUGCCAUCUCUUCGUCUGUGGCUCUACAAAAUAAACCUUACUACAGUGUUAUAGAGGAUGCUGGUCACUUAGUGCGGUCUGCUGGUAACAUAAACUACGAGGAAAAGAAUACAAAUCUACUUCGUGACAUUAAGGAUUUACCAACAUACCUGUUGUUUGGAGAUGAGAACGAUGCCGUUCAGUACAAUGUGAGCGAACAGUGCAGUCUUAGUAUAGAAGCUUUGCAGCUGGGUCUCCUCCUCCGACAAACAUGGGCGAUUCAAAUACUCGAUGCCAUUGGAAAACCCGAGGCUGGUAUUCUAGAUGGUAGUUUAAAAUGGCUUGGUUCUUAUGACGAGUGUAAAAGAACCGAAUAUCACAACAAAACCAUUGGACUGGAUGUGAAGGGGAAAUAUUCUGUGAUUUACAUACCUAUCGGGACCACCAGUGACCCAGUAACUGGAACAAACAUUGUAACCAUUUCAAUUGGAGUUUGUCUGCCAGACAGUUGCAGUGCUAGCGACGUAACAUCAAUUAUACACAACAAUAUUGGAAAAAUUCCAAUAGGAAACUUUUCUGCUAUUCCUUUUUCUGUUCUGUCCGAAGAAGAUAAACCAUUAACUUCCAAUGCCAUAGCAGCAAUUGUUGUACUCAGCUUACUUGCUGCCAUAAUUGUUGUGGCCACUGCUUUUGACAUCAUCGUUGUCCAAUGGUUACGCAGACGAUCAUCACUGGAGGAACCUGUCAUUAACCCUGCCCUAAAACAGACAGACAACGAAAAAUUUCCUUUGUUGAACCAUAACUCAAAUGAAGUUAAGGUGGAAGAAAGUACAUUGGAAAAGCUUCUCUUGUCUUUUUCCUUUUACUCAAACAGCAAAAAGCUCUUGAGCACUCGACGUUCGUCCGACACUCUCACGGCGUUAAAUGGAAUUCGGUUUCUAAGUAUUUCGUGGGUUGUUUUGGGACACACAUAUGCUUUUGUUCUUAGUAAUUCCAGUAAUGGUGGGCCUUUUGUGAAAGAUAUGUUACGUAGAUGGACCUUCCAGGUUAUAGCCAAUGCGUUGGUAGCAGUUGAUACAUUUUUUGCACUCAGUGGGUUGUUACUAGCUUAUCUGACUCUAAAAGAAAUGGAUAAAAAGAGGGGCAAGAUGAACUGGGCUAUGUUCUAUUUUCAUCGGUUUUGGAGAUUAACCCCAGCAUACAUGCUGAUUCUAAUGACAGAGGCUACACUCUCUCCCUAUCUUUCUAACGGUCCUCUUUAUCCAGCUAAAGGCUUUGAGAUCAAUUAUUGUCAAGAUAGUUGGUGGAAAAAUUUAUUGUACAUCAAUAAUCUUUUCGAUUUAGAUACCAUGUGUAUGGGAUGGACGUGGUACUUAGCCAAUGAUAUGCAGUUCUUUGUUCUAAGUCCAAUAUUUCUAAUUCCUUUAUAUUAUCAGGAAUUCCUAGGCAUCAUAGCCUGUUUAGUGUUCUUGAUAGGAACAACCAUCGCCCCAGGAGUCCUUUCCGCUCAUUAUGAGAUGCCACCUUCCUUCUUUGUGCAAAAUGCGAAUCAAGAUGGGGUUACACACUAUUUCAAAGACUAUUAUAUCAAACCAUGGUGCAGAAUGGGUCCUUACAUAAUUGGAAUUUUAUUUGGAUAUCUGUUGUUUAAAACCAAAGGGAAGGUCAGGAUUAACAAAAUAUUGAACCUGGCUGUUUGGGCAGUAGCUGCUGUUUUCGCUGUGUUAGUAUUAUAUGGACUACAUGACACAUUGAAUGGCCACACAAUGUCUAAUAGUGUAUCAGCUUUAUAUAAUGCAACAAACAGAACUGUAUGGGGUGCAUGUGUGUGUUGGGUUAUAUAUGCUUGUGCGACAGAUAAUGGAGGUUUUGUGAACACAUUACUCUCGUGGACCCCGUUUGGACCUCUAGCCAGACUGGGUUACUGUGUUUAUCUUGUACAUCCAGUUUUGAUGUAUAUGUACUACUUUUCUUCGAGAAUUCCUAUAUAUCUCACAGAUUUUACAGUGAUUUACCUGUUUCUCGGAAACUUUCUUAUAGCAAACUUAGUGGCCUUUGUUGCGUCUGUGGCGUUCGAAGCACCUAUGAUGGGACUUGAGAAAGUGCUACUUCGAAGAGAGAGAAAAUAA